AAAAAAAAAAAAAGAAAAAAGAAAAACCCUCCAUUUUCAAACUAGCCGUUGUGUAUAUUUGUUUUGUGAACCCAGCUCAUCUCUCUACCGACGACGACGCUCUCUUUUCUCUCUCUUCUUCUGUGCCCAAAUCCUCCAACCAUACAUUCUUCUUAUUACGGAGUAUAUAAACUACGCAAACCCCUUCAAUCCUCUCUCUCACCUACUGAGUGUGUUUGUGCGUGAAGAAAUUAAUCACCCAUGGCUAUGUUUACUGAAGGCCUAGACGAAAGCGCCAUCAAUUGGAUCAAGAGGGGAUCGGAUGCAGAACAGUGCAGAACCAGAUCACCGUUGACGGAGAAGCUAGACACAAAGUACCCACUUCCCAGAUCGCCAUUAGCCUACACUUCCAGUAAUUACAAAUCUUCCCACAUACUUCCUCCUCUGAAAUUUCACUCCGGUUUGCUGAAACCCCUCAACUCUCUAAGUGUCGAUAGCAACGAAGAAGAAUCGGAUUACUACAAUGACGAUGAGAGCGUGGGCUCCGCGUCCGCCCCCGAUGAAACGUGCGGGGACCACUCCGAUUACGAAGACGAUGAGGUGGAUAGGCCGCCGACAGUUGAGGGUUUUAAAGAUGAUGAUGAUGAUGUGUUCAACCUCAAUUCGAGCAAGAAAACGAGUGAUAGGAAAUACGGGUCCACGAUUAAUAGAGGAAUGUUGAGAGAGGGUCUUCGAGUUGAAGUUCCGAGGAGUGUAAAGAGUUUUAGUGACGUGGGAUGGGAUUCGAGGGGAUGUGGGCAGAGCAGCGCAGUUUCGGGUGGAAGUUGCCGGUUGAAUCCUCGCAGUGCAUAUGGUACCCCAGUUGGUAUAUUAGGUGAUAAUAUUGACCUUGGUACCCCGAGUGCACCACCAUUCAUGGAUACCGGAAACGAUCGUGGCUCUGAGGUCGUAAGUGAGAAAAGUAUCGAUGGUCAAUUAAAAGAACCCAAGCAGAGUUUUUCGGCCGAUAAAAAAUUUCCGGAGCAAAAUCAAGAAUCUGCGGAAACUGAAACAGGCAUGCAUAAAAGGGACGGCAAAGAAACACUCGGGGAAAGAGAAAUUCCUACGCCUAUCCAGCGUGCAAGUUCAGUUGACCACAUACCUUAUUACCAUGCCAGUGGUCAAAAUGGUUGGCAAGCACUUAUAGCUUAUGAUGCGUGCAUUCGUUUAUGUCUAAAUUCGUGGGCAAGAGGUUGUGCAGAGGCGCCUGAAUUUCUGCGAGAUGAGUGUCAGCUUCUUCGUAGUGCAUUUGGACUGCACAAACUCUUGCUUCAACCUCGAGGCGUACAACAAACUGAAAGGGAUAACAAGAUCGCUGAUCAAACAAUGACCUCGAAAGUGAAAAAAACAGUUGGAAAGAUUCGUGUUGAAGUGAAAAAGCUCCGCAUAAUACCAAGAAGAAAGCUAAAGGACACAAAUUCGAUGAGAAGUGCUAUUUACCUGCAAGCUGGAGCUGAGUAUGUUCGACAAGUUUCAACCAUUGUGAAACACAGGAUCAAUUCUCUUAGACUCAGUCCAUUUUCGUUGCCAUCUGAAGAAUCAUCACUAUGUAUGAUUCACCUGAAAAGUUCGGCAGAAGAUAAUGAAGUGGAAUCAGUUUCUGCCAUCUCUCUGCGCCCUGGAACCGGUGAAUAUCACGACUUUUUUCCCGAGAGCCAAGGAGAUGCUCUAUUACUGGAAGUCCAAGAUGUAAUGAAAAACGUUCAAGGUUGUGCUACAAUUUCAGUUUCUUCUCUAACCGACAACCCUAAUGAUAGAGUUCGGUGGUGGCCCAUUUAUCACAACGAUAAUGAAUGUGUCGGAAAGGUCUUGCUCUCCAUUGGAAGCACUUUCACGAGUGACGAGACAGUGCUUAUGAAGAGUGGUUCUAUAGUGGAGACCCUAGCAUAUGAUCUACUGCUAGAGGCUGCCAUGCGUGCACAACAGUUUCAUGCACGGAAUUUACGUAUAGAGGGGCCUUGGAAGUGGAUCCUCACAGUGUUUGCUGAUUAUUACGGAGUUUCCGACACCUAUACCAAAUUAAGAUACCUCUCUUACGUAAUGAAUGUCGCCACUCCUACAAAAGAUUGCUUAGAGCUUUUGCACGAGUUGCUUGUGCCGGUCUUGAAGACCAGAAGUGACAGAAAUUUAACAAGACAAGAGAAAAGCAUUUUGUUGGACUGUGAGAUGCAAGUCGAGAGGCUUCUCGCUGAGGUUUUUGAGAAUUACAAGUCACUCGAUGAAAAUUCACCGACGGGCUUAGCAGAUAUGUCGGCCCCACUAUCGGAAACUGCAGCACCUGCUCUAUCGCCAGCUGUACAACUAUAUACACUUCUGCAUGACAUUCUUGCUCAAGAUGCUCAAACCGUGCUCAGAAACUAUCUACAGACAGCAGCAACAAAAAGAUGCCGAAAGCAUAUGCUCGAGACCGACGAGUUUGUAUCGAGCAACUCCGAGGGUUUUAUUAUGGAUGCAGAAGCAAUCACUAAAGCCUAUUCAAAGAUGAAGAUUCUAUGCGUCAACAUAAGCAAUGAAAUCAACAUCGACAUCAAGAUCCAUAGUCAACAUAUAUUUCCUAGUUCGAUAGACUUGUCUACAAUCACAUCGGCAGUUUACAGCGUAGAAUUGAGCAAAAGACUAGAAAGUUUUCUUGCUGCAUGGCCUCCAUCGAGUCCCAUGCCACAUGUGAAUGAACUUUUAAUAGCAAUGUCGGAUUUCGAGAGGAGUCUUGAAUUGUGGCAUAUCAGUGAGGUCAAAGGUGGUGUUGACUCGAGAAAUUUGUUCCAUGAUUACAUCAUGGUCUGGAUACAAGAUUUACAGCUUACUUUGCUCGAUCUUUGCAAAGCAGAAAAGGUGCCGUGGUCCGGUGUGUGUACAAAAUAUUCGACGUCUCCAUUUGCUGAGGAAAUGUUUGAAAGGAUGGCGAAAAUGUUUAGUGAAUAUGAAGUUGUGAUUAACCGGUGGCCUCAAUACACCUUCAUCUUAGAGAAUGCUGCUGCAAAUGUGGAAAGAGCGAUAAUAAAGGCAUUGGAAAGACAAUACCACGAUAUAUUGACCCCUCUCAAAGACAGCAUACCAAAAAGACUUGGUAUGCAAGUCCAGAAACUCGCAAGAAGGCAAUCGACCGCCUAUUAUUCGAUUCCUAGCCAGCUGGGAAUAUUUCUGAACACUAUGAAGAGAAUUCUGGACGUACUACAUUGUAGGAUCGAGGACAAACUGAAAUCGUGGGCAUCAUAUUUACCUUUAAAUGGAGACAAUAAAUCGAAUUUUGGGGAGCAAAUGAAUGCAAUAACCGUUCUUUUACGGACAAAAUAUAAGAACUACAUUCAAGCCAUAGUCGUCAAGCUUGCCAGCAAUAUGGUAGCUAAUAGGAAUACGCGCCUUCAAAGGAUAUUGGAAGAUACAAAAGAAGCCGAUGGUGAAGCUCAGAUGCGAGAGAGGAUGCAGCUGCUUAGCACACAGCUCUCCGAUUGCAUCUCUAACUUGCACGAAACUUUUACCAGCCAAAUAUUUGUCGCCACCUGUCGUGCUUUCUGGGACAAAAUGGGACAAAUCGUACUGAAGUUUCUUGAAGGCAGAAAGGAGAAUCGAGUUUGGUAUACGGGAUCUUAUCAUGCUCUUGGGAUUCUGGAUGAUAUAUAUGCAUCUCAGAUGCAGAGGUUGUUAGGCAAUGCAUUACGAGAGAAGGAUUUGGAGGCACCGAGAUCGAUUACCGAGGCAAGAUCUAUUUUGUCAAGAGAUACUACUAACAGAAUGGAUUCUUCUUCUUACAUAUAUUUCUAGCCAUUUUUUUUUUCAACAUCACACACAUUUAUUAUUUAUUACAAGGGUUUAUUUAUUUAUUA